GUGAACCCAACAAUAAGAGUUGUUGUGUAACGUAGUCUAACAGUUCAGUUUGACCUCAACUCAGCACUCGUUACACAAAUAUUAUAAAAGAAGAGCGCUCUGUGUCGGUUGGAUACAGACUGACAAACAUAUUAGUGAGGAGAGAAGUAGAGUUUGUGCUCGCAAAGCUUUCACAUUUCACAGUGAUCAUGAAUUCUAUGCUAACCUUGGCCUUGGUGGCCUGUUUUGCGGCAUGUGCCUGGGCCUGCUGUACUCCUGACCAAUGGGAAGGCUAUGAGGGUUCUAGUGCAGGAUACGCCAAGUUCUUUAAGAAAGGAGCAGUUGUGGAACAUGCUUAUGUUGCCUAUGACUACACCAACCGUAGAUCUGCAGUUUUCUUGAGCUACAUCAAUGGAGAUUAUGAGAACAAGUUCCAGAUUGUGACCAGAUAUGAAGAAGAUGAUAACGAUAAGGAACGUCGCAUGUACUUUGUGGAUGAAAAGAAGAACAAGUGCUGGACUAAAAAGUUGGAGCGUGAAUUCCACAAGGCCUGUAUUCCCAAGGAUGCUAAAGAACAUGGAUCAUACUAUUUGGGCCUGAAGGGUGGCUUCAAGGUUCGUAGCUUUGAUGUUGCGAAGGGUCCCAUCUACGCAUUUGUCACUGUCGCUGAUCUUGACAAUGACCUUUGUGUACCGGUCCUGGAACAGCUCUCCGGCAAACUGAGAAGGAUCAGCUUCAUACAGGACACACAAUUUGUGGACCUCACACCAGGCAUUAAAAACGCCACUGUAUUUGAUGUCCCGAAGCAGUGUGAUGAGGCUGAGGAAACUGAUGAACUCUUUGCUGCUUCUGUGGAAAGAGAUCACUUCAUCUUGGGUGUGUAAAGUUCUCGUCUUCUAGCCCGACAUCCUGAGCUGACCACAUAUGAGAACUUGAUGAUGUUCCCCUGAAUCCGGUUCCUUGUUCUUAGACCCAGUGCCAUGGUUGUACUGUGAUUUGCUUUAUGCACAGUAGGCUCUUAAUCUCAAACAAGACCAAAUCGACUAACAAAACUGACCUCCAUUUUUCUCAGCAUUAAAUGUGUGUUGGGGUAAUUUUAAACUCUUUGAAUCUCAGCCCCCUAGGAUUGUUUAGGUGGGGGGUUUUUUAAUUCAGAAAAAGAUAAAAAUGUUGGGUACAUUUUUGUGAACUGCUUUCUCUUAAGGUAUAUGUAUUUAUUCAAGAUCUCUCACUAUGCACACACACACACAUUCCAUAACUGUAAUGAGAGCUUCGAGCAUGUUUGGUCAACAUAGGAUGUUGUGGGCUGGUUCAUUUGUUACUCUAUUUUUGCUGUUGUAGAAAGUCUUUUUGUGGUAAAAAUUUCAAGCUGUCUUUCUUUGUGUUCAAUUUGUGGUAGUCUUUACUACCGAUCAUGGAAAUGUAGAUAGUACCAAGACUUAGUUAUGAAAUGGUCACUCUGUGUAUAUAUUUUUUAGUACUUUGUCUGAUUGGAACAAAUACAAUUGGUUAUGGUCACCAAAGUUUAAUUUAUGUGUCUGGAUAUUUUGCGUAAAGCUUAAAAAAAAGGCCAAUUGAAACAAAAAAUCUUUUAAAGAUUAUUACUUAGGAAGAAGGCAGCAGAAGUUGCCCUUUCUCAUUAAUUAUGCUCAAACUCAAUGUGUCUUGUACUAGAAGUUUUUAUUAGUAGAUAUUUAGCUUUUGUUUACAUUUUUCGUUUUGUGUGUCGCUUCAAGUUUCCAUAAUUGCCCACAAAUAUAUUGGGGUACUUUUCCUUUAUUUUUACAUUUUGUUGUUUAUAAAAGCAAUGCUUUAAAUGUUAGUUAUGUUAGCUUUACCAGAAACUGAAGAUCAUUGUUUUAUUGCUUGCCUCACUUAAAAGGCUUCUGUCCAAAGAAUUCUCAACAGGUUUGGUAAAGAUAAACAUUUGUAAGAGAGGAAUCUCAUAUAAGUUUAGACAAUAUUAUGUCUGAAAACAGCUUUACUUUUUGUUGAUCUUACAUCUUAUGGUUUAAUUCUAAAACCUGUUGCAACGAACGAAUUUGUUAAAAUGUGGAAUUGAAAUAAAGCGUUUCCUGUUUAGUUUUUCA